AUGGCUCUGAUCCAGAAAUCUGAAAGUCUGAAAAGAAAGACGUUUGACUUUGUUGGUGAGAAUGAUGUUACCAGCUCGUGGAUAGCAUUUCUCUUGACAAACUGGACAUCGAGGUUAUCGCCUGUGGCUUUACUACAUCACUGGCAGUAUACGAUGAGACUGGCUCGACCAAUGAAUCGCAGGGACUUCUUACAGCUUCACAAAUUGCAAGAGGCUCUUCGUAGCCAUGCACCCUUGCUGGAUGAGAAAAAGAGGGCUACUGGGGAUGUAUCCGACAGCUUGGGCAAGGCGAGAUGGAACAGCAAGAUGUCCACAGACUGCUCGAGGCCUACAAAGAGUUAUGGCCACAAGCAAUGAGCUUCCUCGCCGAGAGAAUCUUAGCUGCGGAUGCCAUCAUCCAACCCGACAGGAGCUUAUGCAUGGGGGCACUCAGGCAUCUCACCGAAGUUUUGCCUGAUGCCUUAUGUCGCCCAUUUUAUCAUCCUGUUUGGUGAGAUGGCGUCCAGGAUGGCAUUCGAGGAUGACAGAUCAGUACAAUACACCAUCGUCAACGCAUAUCAGGCGGUCAAAGGAAUGAUGAACAGUCCACUCCCCAAGUCCAAAACUACAGUGCCAUUGAGCGAAGAGACAACACUCAACCUUGCAUAUCAGCUAGAGUGUUAUAAAACGAUCACCUUCUAGAGACACUCGACCACACGAUCGCAAGCCUUCGUCUUGAUUGCCCAGCGAACGAGCAGGAGACACCAGUCAGUUCUGCUAGACUCAUUUCCGAGUUUGCAGAGACAUCAGAUGUUCACAUGUCAAUCGAGUUGGUGAAAAAUAAGAAAUGAUAGCGCCAUUGUAUUCCUGGCGCGAUUAUCUUUCCAGGCACAACGAUUUUCACACUGCCAUCAUAAACAAGUUCACGCAAGGGCCUUCCGACGCCAUUUGAUUGCUGAAGCACCGGCCAGGAGGAAAGACGAGUCUAGUGGGCGUUGGGAAAUUUGACAUUGCGGCAUUACUGGUCGGUAUGCACGCGUGCCAAACGGCACCAACUGUUUUUGCUUUGGGAGAUAUGCAUGAUACAGAUAGCUUCGGAGUCUGGCUAGGCUGGGAAAUGGUGGCUAUAUUCACUGAAGGUUCGCUGUUUGUAUUACGUAUUACAUAUGGCUGGUUUCCUCAUCUCUCAGCACACGUUGCUGGUCACCGGCUGUCUGUGCCUACUGACAAGAUUGCCUUCUCCUGCCGGCGCUGCUGGUUGCUGACUAUUCUGAAACCCUCAGAGAACCAAUAUAAUAUUCCUCAG